AUGUGGGCAAAACUUGAAAAACUCAAGGAAAAUGGAAAAGGCUUAAGUCAGUCCUCAAAAGAUACUCAACAUCAUAGAAAUAAUUCAGAACAAAAGCCUUAUAAGUGUUCAGAAUGUGGCAAAGCCUUCACCUGGCCCUCAUCCCUUAUUCUUCAUCAGAGAAUUCACACUGGAGAGAAACCUUACAAAUGUAAAGAAUGUGGCAAAGCCUUUAGCCAGUCCUCUUACCUUAAUCGUCAUCAGAUUAUUCAUACUGGAGAGAAGCCUUAUAAAUGUACAGAAUGUGGCAAAGCGUUCAGUGACUCAGCAACACUUAGUCAUCAUCAGAGAGUUCAUACUGGAGAGAAGCCGUAUAAAUGUAGAGAAUGUGGCAAAGCCUUUAGUAGACACUCAACCCUUACUCUUCAUCAGAGAAUUCACACUGGAGAGAAACCUUACAAAUGUAGAGAAUGUGGCAAAGCUUUUUGCCAGCCCUCCUCCCUUAGUCAUCAUCAGAGUAUUCAUACUGGAGAGAAGCCUUAUAAAUGUACAGAAUGUGGCAAAGCGUUUAGGGAGUCUGCAACCCUUAAUCAACAUCAGAGAGUUCAUACUGGAGAGAAGCCAUAUAAAUGUAGAGAAUGUGACAGAGCCUUUAGCCGACCCUCAAAACUUAGUAUACAUCAUAGAAUUCACACUGGAGAGAAACCUUACAAAUGUAGAGACUGUGGCAAGAAUUUAAGCAGCUCCUCAAACCUUACUUCUCAUCAGAGAAUUCACACUGGAGAGAAGCCUCAUAAAUGUGGAGUAUGUGGGAAAGCCUUUAUCAGCCAUGGAUAUCUUACUAAACAUAAUCGUAUUCAUACUGGAGAGAAGCCAUACAAAUGUGGAGAAUGUGGCAAAGCUUUCAGCCAGUCCUCAUCCCUUACUAAUCAUCAGAGAGUUCAUACCGGAGAGAAGCCUUAUCAAUGUAGAGAAUGUGGCAAAGCAUUUAGCCAGUCCUCAUCCCUUACUUAUCAUCAGAGAGUUCACACUGGAGAGAAACCUUAUAAAUGUAGAGAAUGUGGCAAAGCCUUCCGUGUUAUAUCAUUACUUACUUAUCAUCAGAGAGUUCACACUGGAGAGAAACCUUAUAAAUGUAAAGAAUGUGGCAAAGCCUUUAGCCAGGCCUCAUCCCUUACUUCUCAUCAGAGAGUUCACACUGGACAGAAACCUUAUAUAUGUAGAGAAUGUGGCAAAACUUUUUGCACCUCCCAGACCUUACUAAACAUCAGAGAGCUGCCAUUCUUUUUGCAGUGCUAUGACCACAGCAUGUAA